GGACGUGUACCGACGUUGAUAUUUCCUCUCUUCGUGUUUUCGCGACGGAUGCGCUUAUUGUUUACAUCCUGCUAUGCUACCCGGAGCACGUGGGCGCAACUUAAGGGACACAUGCUAGCCAGAUCGCUCGAUACAUAUCCAUUUUCAAUUCAAAUCCAUCGUAUAUAUUAUUCGUCAAGCAGCACUGUGCUUUGUGUGAAGUUGGUUUGACUUAAAGCGCAGAGCCAGCGUGCGCCACAAUGCGUCUACCGGCUAGUUAGCAUGUUGCUAGCCCAAGCUACUGCCAUACGCCCUCAGCAUUGAGGGCCAAUCUUUUAGUUUGUACUCCUAAUCAAACAAUGUCGAGGGUGGGUGCGUGUAUACAAUGUGCAAUUAGUUAUACAUACGCACAUUGUUUAACAAUACGCGACGUCGCAAUAUUCAAAUGGAGGGCAAGUACACUACUACACUACUGGACUGUGUUCUUUCUCAGCUUGGUUAACAAGCCCACACGGAGUUCAGAACCAACGCCAAAGUUUGUCCUGUGAUUGAUGUCAGCUUCUCAGCACUUGUUCCCAAGCGCUGGAAAUAGUCGUUCAAAAUAAUUACCGAGGUCACUGAAAAUUGCCAACUGCGGACGAACAGCUGAAGCAGCCUACUGUAUUGGAGGUCAUAGUUCAGAGUCUAGUUAUGAUUCAUAGUGAAUAUGAAUGGCCAUACCAACAAUUACUGUGAGAAAUCAAAGUGUAUUCUUCUAUGUCAAAUUCAUUACUUGUCCUCUCCAAAUGUUUCUUGUCAGUUAGUUCUCCCAUUAAAGUUGUAAGGUUUUGCCCCAAAAGUAAUGCCCUAUAUAUAGUAUGCCUUCAAUUGUUUCAGCUACUUGAAAAAGUUUCUUUUGUACAUUCAAAUCAAUUAAAAGUGUGGAAACUCAUUUUGGAUUAGUGUUUCCCCACCCCGUGGAAAAUAUGACAAAUGUAUCGGCCUCAAAAGUGGGACAAACAAGUGAACCGCUGCUUUUAGUGAAACAUAAAAACAGUGUACUUGAAUGGCAAAGGCAAAACACGAAGCGUGAGCGGCCUUGGCUGCACGCAUGUCUGCAUGUGUUCAUCUGAGUGCUUGUGUGCGGCGCGUCCUUUGUGGUGAUGUACUGCCGCUAUCAGGACCGGCAGGAGUUGGAGGAUGAUCUCUACCGGGGAGACGAGGGGGAAUCCGAGGGCUCGGAUGCCACCAGUGAGCUGGAGUUUCGCCUCUACAGUCAGCUCCACUACUCUUCCAACAAGGGGGAUUUGGAGGAGCAAAAUGGAGAGGCUCCGUCUCGUCGGGAGAUCCGCGUGACUGAAGAGCCCGCGGAGACGUCCGUUAACGUCGAAUCUGAAGAGUCUGCCAAAAACCGAACACGAUCGUCGAAUGCCGUCAAGCUGCAGCAGCAAUGGAACGACAAGAGUGAGAAGGAAAAAAGUCCCCCCCGAGUCCAAAGACCAUCGUCGGGAUUUGAGGAGGUCAUCGUCAUUGACUCCAGCCCAGAAGUUAUAACCGUCUCUGACGGCUCUUCCUCCGCCCCUUCUGACGAUGAUGGCGGCAGCGAAGGGGUUUGUGCCUCGAAGGGAGGCAUUGUACACCGAGUGUUGACGUCCACCCCGCCCCAAAAGGCACCCCAUAACAAGGUGAAUGAUAUUACUCCCGUGACUUUGGAUUCAAGCAGCUCAGAGUCAGAAUCUGAUGGGGAAUCAUCCCUUUCGUCCGACUCGGAAGUUCUGGAGAACUGGAUGAUCCUGGGUCAAGGCAAGCAAGAUGGAGACCAUUCCAUUUCACUCAACCUGGAAGGCGGUACCGACAGCAAUGCAGAUUUUGAAGACGAUAAAGAUGUCAGCUGGGUGGUUUCCGAUAAGGACAGGGAGGCCCAAAUCCUCAACAAAGAUAAGCGAGCCAGGACAGCCAUAUCGCGUGUUGCCAACAGAUAUUACACCGAUAAGAAUGUCCAUUGCCGGAACUGCGAUAAAACUGGACAUCUGUCCAAAAACUGCCCCGAUCCCAAAAAGUUGCCCGUUUGCUUCCUUUGUGGCGAUCCCGGCCACAUGUCCAGCAAGUGUCCCUUUAAGCACUGCAACAACUGCGGCCUUCCAGGGCACCUUUACGAUUCCUGCAGCGAGAGGGCUUACUAUCACAAACGGUGCCAUCGCUGCGGCAUGACAGGCCACUUCUUUGACGCCUGUCCAGAGAUCUGGAGACAGUACCACAUCUCGACCAAGGCGGGCCCUCCUUUGAAGCAGAAAGGGGAGGACAAUGGUCGAAGCCCCGCCUACUGCUACAACUGUUCCAAAAAAGGACACUUCGGCCAUGGCUGCACCCAGCAGCGGAUGUUCAGGGGGACGUACGCUACCACGCCCUUCAUCAACCAUUACGACACCACGGAAGACAUCAAACGUAGACAACACAGGCUGAAGUUCAAGGUUAAAGGUUGGUCACCUAGUAAAAGAAGAAACCAUUCAGAACUGAAGGAAAAUGGCCUUAUGCCCGCCAAUUCUCAGACUCCGCUUACUCCAGGACCACCGAAGAAGAAACACAAAGUCAGCUGUACGAACAACGGCCACCUCUUUAACCAUAAAUUCGAUAGGACUUGUAGCAACCACAAAGCCAGCGCCAGCCAUAUAUUUUUUCGUGACAGAGAUGACCCAGAGGCUGCAGUAUUUCCAAAAAGUAAGUCGAACAAGCACAGACAACAAGAGAGUGCCGGCAAACGGUGGAAGCCCAAGCGAGCGGUGCCCAGAGAACGCGCCGCUCCGGCCAAACUCAUCAUGGAUGAGGGCGGGGACUUUCCCAGGGGGCGGGGCAGAGGAGAAAAAGCAGCGCAGAACAACAAAAAGAGUCAAAGAAAGAAGAAUAAAGAAGUUUCAUCAGCGGGGCUCAGAGAUGCUCUUUUCAGGACAGCACCUGGGAAGUCAAAGAAAGACAAACGUGAAAAGAAGAGAAAUCAUCUGCAUACAAAAAUGGCCGCACAGAUGUAUCCAACAGAUGAGAAUCUGUUUAACAUCAAGCAAAGGAAACGCAAGCGAUAGCACUGUGUGUGUGCGUGCGUGUGCGCGCUGCUAUGGAAUUGGCAUUGAUUAAAGAUCAACCUUUCUUUUCUUCCAUAUCGUCUUUCGAUCAAAUUUUGUCUCAAUCAAAUUAAUUGUUGCUAAUUAGCAUAGGUUGUUUUCUUGCAUCAGUGUACAAUUCACAACCCCCCCCCCCCAAUGCUUCUUGGAGUGUUCAAAUGUGACGUCUUUUUAUGCCACUGAUUGGAACACAUUUUAAAUUGGUAACUGCUGCUAGGAAUUGGAUCCAAACACUUUUUAUUGCUGUAGAAUUGCGAAUUUGAAUUGCCGUAAACACCUCUGUUGCUCAAUCUUACAAUCUAAAGUUUAUCCUGACGAAAUGUUGGUGUUAAUGGUUGCAACGUAACAAAGCCCGAAUAGCAUGACCGGAGAGACGACGGGGUGGUUUCCCUCACCAAAAACUUGUUAGAAGCACUGAAAAGUCAGCUUUACCUUCCUGGAUAACCUUUACAUUUAGUAUUGACCACACAAUUCAUAUUGUAUUCUUUAUUGUGUAUGAUGUAGAUGUCACAAUAAAAGAUGACAGAAUAGCACUAUGAUUAACUGGUCU